CUCUCGGUGUCCCUCGGGCUCGCUUUGUCCCGCUGCUAAUCAGAGCCAGAGGCACACGAGCUUUCCCAGCUGGGCUGCUCUGUCGCACCCGACCAUUUUGUCCCCAUUCCAGCGGAGGGAGCCGUGCCUGUCUCGGCUGCUGCCUGUGCCCACUAGAGGUCUUGUUCUUCCCUCCACGAGCCGCUGCUCGCUUCGCGCUGCCGGGGCUUUAUUUAUUUAUUCCUACGUGAGCAGACCCAGCGCACUUCUUGCAUACAAACAGUGAAAUUACAACCUGAAGGACAUACCGUAGCUUCUGUCGGAGUAACCUUAGUGCUAGUGAGAGCCUUGCCUACUUUUUAAGGCUAAGAAGACUCAUUUUCUGCAGGUAAAGCAAAAGCUUUCAGGAAACACUUUCUGCUAUUCUGCUUUUAUGGGUUAUUCAGCCUGGACCUCUCCUGUUUACAGAACUGAGCCAACCCCUUGGAUAUGAUCUGCCUUGUGUUUGCAAGAACUGCAGUAACAACCACACAUCAAUAACGUCUCUCACUGAAUCCCACUGGAUGCUGUAUUUUUCCCUGGUCAGAAGUGGUUACGUUUUCCUUACCUGUUUGGGAAGAUUAGUUUCAAUUGGAAAUUAAAAAGAUGGCUGAGGAAGAAAAACUAUCUCUAAAGAAAGAAAUUCAGUUUGGUAUUAAUGGAUAUAUUCCAUCAGUAAAACUAUGCAUCAGAAAUGAAAAUGUCCCCAAAAGUUAUUAUGCUUGUUUAGACAACAUGCAAAUAAAACACAUGUGACUGGUCCAUGAGAAAAUAAAAGCUGGAUCCCUAAUGGAGAGCUGCUGUCAAAUAAGAGCCACUAGGAAAGCCAUAGACUCAACCUUACCUUUAAAUUAGUUGACUGGAAGUGUAACAGCCUGUUGCAAUUUUGUAGUACAAAGACCAUGUUAGCUGCAGGCAGCAGCAUUUUUGCAUUCCUGAGCUACAAGAAAUCUUUCCUUAAAUUUUAUAUCUAAUUUAUCUUAGUUUUUGGUCUAAUCAGCAAUUAAAUUUGAAAGAGGAUCCCUAAAGAGAACAUGCCAGUUGAAAAUAUACAUAAUAACAAGGAGAAGAAUGAUAAGCUCCAGAAGUGAGGUGUUUAUUGGUAUCCUAGGAACAAUAUUAAUACACAGAUCAAAUGACAGAUGAAAUGGGUCGCAAAGAAACACGUUACUUGCAGACUUUAAAUUGUGAUUCAAUGGCCCAGCAAAGCAUGAAAAUGCGACCAGUGCUACUGAAAAGGAACAGCCUGGACUCGGCGGAUUUUCUGAGACACCCCCAGCACCGCAGGACCAAAUCCCAGCAAGUUCGGUUCAAGGAUGAUGGUGUCAGCACCAAGGCAGAGCUGGAAGCUAAUCCUGCCCGGGACACAGCAUUCACAACUGGAAAAACAGAAAUAUUUAGGGAUCACAAUUUCUUGCUAUCUCCAUCUCCAACUUUUCCAAGGGCUCAGAAGGGGCUUCGGAAUAUUGCCAUACAAACUUCUCCCAGCCUCAGGAAACACUUCCCAGUUUUUAAAAGGAAAAAGCUGACAGUAAGCAAAUCACUGACAGAAAUGCCAGCGGAGCCUACAAACUCUAUCCAGGUAAAUGGCAAUCUUUGUGAACCAGACAUUCUGUGUUCAGAGCUCUGUUACUUAAGAAUAAGUGAUCACUUGGAGGAUGGAUGCAGGAAUAGUGAGGUGGGCUUGGGUCAAAGAUCAUCAAAAGCACAAAGCAAUGGACCGAUGUACUCAGAUGAUUUCUCAGUGUCAGACAAGACGACUGCGUCUACACAGGUGCCUGAAUACAUUCAUGUGAGUUUUCCACGAGACAGAAACGUUUCCCUGGAUGCACCAGACACAACCAUGGUUUCAAGUAAUUCACUGCAUUCUUCUACCGUCAUCAACAGCAACGAAAGUCACGAAAACAGCACACUGUCAUCUGAUUCUGAAAAAGCAGAGCCUUGCCUAAGCAAUUCUACGAACUGCAGUGAAUGUAACCCCCACUCUGCUGCUCGGGAAGAGGAGAAAAGUGAUUCUGAGCCGCCUGUAGCCAGCAAAGAUGCCAGCAGUAAGGAAACUACUCCACUGUCACCUCCAUCAAAUCACAGCUCAUCUCCUUGUUUCCUCAGAGACUGUCACCAGGCAGGAGAGCACAAGCCAGAUUCCAGCUGCGUGACAUUACCAAGUGAAGAUCACCCAAUGGUGUCACUGACCAGCAGCAAUGCAUCAAAACCAUGUCUGUCACGUAAUACUGAAAUCGAGAAAAAUUCCACCCAGUCAGAUGUUUCCCAGUGCAACAGCUGUUUAGAAGGAUUUCACAUAAAGUCUUAUCCGCCAAGGAGUGAAAUAAACCUGCAAAGCAACAAAGAGAUUAACGAAAUAAAUCAAAUUCACUUGGCACAUGGAGAACUCUGUGCCCUACAAGGCAGGCUGCAGUCUGUAGAGGAAUCCUUGCAGUCGAACCAGGAGAAGAUUAAAGUCCUUUUGAAUGUAAUCCAAGAUCUGGAAAAAUCCAGAGCCCUCAGUGAAGGGCGUAACUUCUACCACACUGGGCAGGACCUCAACAACUGCAGCACCUGUCAGAACACGGCGUGCAUCAUUUACAGUGUAGAAUAUGACUUCAGACAACAAGAAGGAAGAUUUCAUCAGAUUUUGAAAACACUGGACAAUGCAGAGCAAAAUCCACCUUCAGCUUCACCUCAGAAGCCGCCACCUGAUCCUCCAGCUCCCGAGAAAAAGGAGUUAAGGAGAAAAACAAAAAAGGUGAAAAGAAAAUGCUUCUGGUGGAUUUGACUUCCUCAUGCAUCCUUUUACAUUUCAAGAGACACUAAAACAGAAAGAGCUUGAGAGCACACACCUGAAAAUGUGCUAUUAUGAAAUCACAAAGGUUAAGAAUGUUUAAUUAGAGUAUCUGAAAAAUCAAAAUAAUUGAAUUUAUUCAAAUCAUCUCGCUGAAUAAAGGUGCAUGAAGAUACUAUUUUCAAGAAAAUAAAUGGUUUCUUUCAAAAGGAAGUUCUCAUGUUUUUCCAAGGACACUUUCAUACGCUUUGUAAAGACCUUUUUUUCAACUUUCCAAAAAUAACAAGGUUUAAAUCUCUACUUUAAAAAACAAUUGUAGGCAAAGUUAGCAUGUCACACAGCCUUCAUUUCCCAUUUAGAGGCAACAUGGACUAAAAGCAAAAAAAUUCAUUGAGCUUUGAACAAACCACAUCAUCAAGAACAAAUUCAGGGAAACCUAAGUUGUUCAAAUUAAUCUCUCCUCAAAGGAGACAAUUGUAAUUAUUUCACAUCCCCACUGAGAUAUUUUUGUUGCUGUCAUCUACUACUGAACAACAAACAAAAGAAUUUCAGGUUAAGUUUUACUCGAUCCUUUUAUUUGUUCAUUGUGAAAGGCACCAUUUAGAAGUUUCAGCCAUUUAAUGGACUUUUCUGAAAAGAAUUUUGGGGUUGUAAAACAAGAGAGUGUCACAGUAACUCUUGUGUUGAACCCCUACUCAAGCACGGUCCAGUUCAGUGAAUUUGAGUUGUGAGUAUCUCCAAAGACGAGAAUCCUCAGCUCCUUGAGGCAGGCUGUUCCAGGGUGUUCUCCUAACAUCUACUCCGAAUUUCCUGCAUUCUAAUUUGUGUUCAUUACAUCGUGCUCUGUCCAAGUACACCUUCAAGAAGAACUACAUGGAUAAUAAGACCUCUCUCCUAAGUCUUCACUUCUAAAAGACUGAACAGAUCCAAUUUUCACUGCCUCUCAUCUCACAUGCUGCAGCCACAGCUGUCCUGGUGGUGUCCCUCCAGGGAUGAUGUCCUUCAUACACCUGGAAGCCUAAAACUGGACACGGUUCCUCAGAAGUCAUCACACAGCUGCUGGAUAAAGAGGAAUAACUAUCCUGGCUACUUGUCUUACUGAAUCACUUGCCCAGUCUGUCCAUUUAAGACCUGUAUUGCUGUACCAAAAUAUCCCAAGAUUUUUUUUGCCUUAAGAUGUAAAUUAAUAGAUGAUAAAAAAUGGAACAUAAAAAUAAUAUUUAGUGAACUGAUCUGUAUUACACAAAAAAAUUUAUAUAUGCUGAAAAGAAUUUAUCAGAUGUCAAUACAGCUACUUCUUUCCUCCAGAAAUACUCAAGUUACCAUUAGCACAGGUUGUGCCAAUGGAACCCAAUUUAUGAUUGGUGAUACUAUUAUUUUACUAAUGAAAACAUGGUCACCUUUCAUAUGGGGGGGCAGGGGGAAAAGGUUUUCCAAUGCAAGUUUAGUGGAAUGUAGUGCAGACCUUUUCUUAGAAGUGGCUCUGGUUCAGGGUAUUCCAUAGAUUAAUUGCUUCAUCUUAUUUUUCUAAGUCAUCCUGUAUCAUGUCAUGCUAAACCAUGACAAUUGUGCAAUGUUACUUUUAAAUGUCUGUACAUUUUUUGUACACUUCUUUGUUCCUUGAAUUCUUAGGGUUAAUUACACAUUUGAAAAUACAUUAAAAACAAUUUUGCACAGAAUAAUUUUGCCUGGAAGAACUAAUUUCUUUAUGAAACGAAUUUUUUAGAAGAAAGUAUGCAAUAUGUCAUGGCUUAAUUUAUCAAAAUUCUAAAGGACUGACACUUAAACAACAUUUCCAUGUUAAUUUCAGUUAGUACAGAAAUGACAGGCGCAAAACUACUUCUAUUUUAGAGGCUCUUCAGAAGGAAAUUAAUUUUUACUAACAUGUUUUUAGAUGCCUCUAGUGAGACAGAACAGCUCUUCAGUAAUAGGUUGUGGUUAUAAAAAAGGUAAGAAUUAAAUGACUACAUGAGAACUCAAGUACAUGCACUGCUUGUGCUGCUGUGCCAACAGCAUUUCUUUUUUGCAUUAGUCUCUAUAAUUGAUGCAGUGAAGGAUUUAUUAGUGUAUAAAUUAUUCUUGUGUAUUGAAAUAACAUUUUAAGUCCAAUAUCCCCUGUGGUAAAGUAUAAUAAUAAGCAAUACGAAGAGCUGUAACACUAGUCAAACCAGCAAGAUUUUUUUCUGUAUUGAACCAAUUUUUAAUAAUUUAUUAUAGAAAAGCAAUCUUUUUGCCUUUCUUUUUGUUGAUAAACACCAAAAGCACUCAUUUUAAGCAAUCUUAUUUUUGGUUUGCCCACAUAAUGCAUAUGAUGCCUUCAAUCUAUUUUCAAAGGAUCCAGAUCAUUUAAUUUAAACAAACCACAGCACUUUGGUUCACCACAUAGCACUAAUCAAUUCCUGGGGUCAGCAGAACUAGGCAAAACAGAAAUACUCUUUUUAGUUUAAGAAAGUCCAACCAAAGGUAGUUACAAGUAAGGGUCUAAGUCUUUCUUUUGGCCUGAAGAAACAUCAAUACUCCUAAAAAACUGAAAUACACAGAUUUAAGUGCUUACAGAUUUCAUAUUUUAAUGUCUGAGUUUGGUGGAAUUCAAAACUGUAACCAAUUUUUCAUCCUUAAUCUCCUAGUCACAAUUAGCUUCUGUUUUCCAGAUUCCUGAAUCGGUUGUUUUUGAGUUCUCUCUGUCAGUCAAGUCUGGAUCAUCCACAUGUGGAUAUGGAAUUGUGUUUGUGACCUUUGCACACACAGCAGCAGGGAGCCACUGGAGGCUGCCAGGCCAGCCGAGCCUCAGCUCCCACUGCUGCCAUGCAGGAACAUCCACUUGGCCUCUCAGCCUUCCCUGUGCUCAAACUCACCCCAUUCAAGGCAUCUGUUUUCCUUGACAGAAAAUAUGAAAUUCCAGUGCUGUGAGAGCACUUUCCUUCAGGAAGGCUGCAAGGAGUUUUUACCCCCAGUCAUUCCCAUAGUGCUUGACACACAAAAAGCUUUCUAUAUAAAACUUGAAAGAGAACGUUGGGACAAAAGGCUUUUUUUCUACCAAAAGGUAAUGGGGGGGAAGUGUCAGUCACGGAUGCACCAGGAACAGGAACAGUGUAAUGCUUCUUAGAUGUUUUGUUUAGAUUUAAAAAUAUGUAUAUCUUAGCAACAUAAAAUAAUUAAAAUUUAAGAGCUUUGUAGCACGUAAUUGGAGAAAAUUUGCUAUAUGAAAAUAUAAUAUGAAAGCAUUGGGGUUUGUUUUAUUGUUUAAUAUUUUAAAAACAUUUUCAUCAUUAAUUAUUAAUUCUUAUGGGAAAUAAAAAAUUACCAGAUACACGCUACACAAUUUAUGGUGUGAAGAUUGGAAGAGCAGUAGAAAUUGGUAGACUGUUGGAAGAUAAAAGUACUGGCUACAAAAAGUUUCUCUGGUUUACAAAAUUACUGUCUAAUCCUUAUAAACAGCUCCCAGAGCAGGAAAGAAAUGUUAGAAAUACAAACACAUUUUUAAAUAAAAUGGAAGAAUUACCCACAAACCCCCCAUAAGUUGUAAAAAAACCCCAACAAAAAACCCAAACCACAGCUACUUGACUGCACUUGAUUAUGAAAAUAUUUAGGGCUUCUGAGGAAUUUAUAUUUAAAUUAUACAUGCUAUAUAUAAAACAUUGCACAGAAUGCAGUACAUUCCAAAAUUACUGUAUUUGAAAUUGUUGUUUGAUGGAGUCAAACUCACUUUCUUUAAAAAUUAAAAAUGUUUGAAUAAAAUACUGUUUUGUCUGAUGUAAGAGCAGUUCAUGUAGGGCUUGUGAUGGUUUUGUGCACUAUAAUAAUCCUGCCAGCAUAGACACACACCAUCUUCCUAAUGGCACUUAAUCUGAUGUAUGUUUUGUAUAUUUCUAGGCCCUUUAAAUGUGAUGUUAUCUUUUUAAAUAAAGUGAGAUAUUUUUA